AUGUCAGAGCAGCCCUCUGGCGUCCUUGAGAAGGCACCGUCCGCCGGCGACCUCACAGAGGCUGGAUAUGACGGUCCCGACCUCACCCUCAAGCGCUAUCCGUGGCGCAGCCGUGUCACGCCUUGGUCCCGCAUCAUCAAUCACGAGUACAAGGGAUCGGGCACCGAGGAGGACCCCUAUGUCGUCCUCUGGCUGGAAAACGACGAGGAGGACCCCCUGAACUUUUCUGCCAAGAAGAAGUGGCUGCUCACACUUUUGGUGGCCACAGGCACCCUCGCCGUCGGCUUUGGUUCGUCCAUGCUGUCAGCAGCUAUCGCGAACCUUAGAAUCGCGUUCCCAGGCGAGAACUCCAUGCUGUACACUAUGAUCACUGGCUGUUUCGUGCUCGGCUUCGUCGUUGGUCCUCUGCUCUGGGCUCCCUGCUCUGAAGUGUUCGGCCGCCGCUUAAUCUUUGUCAUUUCUUACAUUCCGUUUACCGCUUUCAACGCCGGCGUGUGCGGCGCAAAAUCGCUCAACGCCAUGCUCGUGCUACGUUUCUUCGCCGGCACGUUUGGCAGUUCGGCCAUGACCAACUCUGGCGGUGUCAUUGCCGAUCUGUUUACGGCCAAAGACCGCGGAAUGGCCAUGGGCGUGUUCGCUCUCAUGCCCUUCCUCGGUCCCUCCAUUGGUCCUGUGGCGGGCGGUUUCCUCUCCAUGAAGUACAAGUGGGAGUGGACCGCUUCCGUCAUUGCCUUUUUCUCAGCCGCCCUCACCCUCAUCACCUGUGUUUACCUUCCCGAGACCUACGCGCCCGUUAUGCUUCGUGCGCGCGCCAAGAACCUUUCCGAGGUCACUGGCAAGGUCUACCGCUGCGAGCAGGAUGUGCGCAACCCCCUCCGCACCAAGGAGCUCUUCCUCAACCAGCUUCGCGUUCCCUACGUUCUCCUCUUCACCGAGCCCAUUGUCGCUGUCAUCAGUCUUUACAUGGCUGUCAUCUACGCCAUCCUCUACAUGCAGUUCACGGCCUUCCCCCUCGUCUUCCAGGGGUACCGCGGCUGGAACCCGGGAGUGGCCGCCCUGGCCUUUAUCGGAGUCACUGUCGGCGCUUUCAUCGCUCUCACCUACCUCAUGUUUGUCGAUCAGCCACGAUAUGUUCGCAACUUGGAGAAGGAAGGCUACGCCACUCCCGAAGCGCGUCUCCCUUCCUGCAUCGUCGGCGGCAUUGUCCUGCCCGUUGGCCUCUUCGUCUUCGCCUGGACCUGCGUGCCCGUCUCCAUUCACUGGAUUGCGCCCAUUAUCGCCACCGUUCCGUUCGGCAUGGGUAUCGUACUCCUCUUCCUCGGCCUCAACAGUUACCUCGUCGACGCGUACCUCAUGAAGGCUGCCUCGGUCCUUGCUGCCGGUGCCGUCACACGUUCUAUUCUUGGCGUCGUCUUCCCUCUGUUUACCUACGACAUGUACGAGGCCCUCAACCCUAACUGGGCGGGUACGCUCGUCGCGUGUCUCGCUCUCGUCUUCAUCCCUUGCCCCAUUCUCCUCUUGUUCUACGGUCGCCGUAUCCGCCGUAUGACCCAGCCUGGUCGCGACGCCGACGACCUUGGCCGCAUGCUCGCCAAACUUCCCCACCGCGGUGACGCGGAAGCUGCUGCUGGUACUGCUGCCGGUACCGCGGCUGGUGCGGCUGCGGCAGCCGGCGCCGACGGCCCUUCUGGUUCUACCGAGGAGCUCGGCGACGAGGACGCCACUACUCUGGGCGGACGGCCUCAACUCUACCGCACGUUCUCCGUCGAGAGUGUGGAAUCGGCCGAAUACGCACCCGUGGAUCCGUCUAUCAAGUCGGGCCACGAGCACCACUAG